AUUUGUUUGCGGAGUUCAGCCUUUCAUCGCGACAAAAGCGAAAGUAACCAAACAUAAGUUCAGAACCGAAGAAACUACAAACUACUAGAAGAAGAGACUCUGCCCAUUUUAAAAAGGAUCAGUUUGAGUUGUGGCGAUCAUCAAAUUUAUGUCCAUGCAUCACCUCAGCAACCUCUGUUCAAACCCUGUUCAGCAGCCAGCCAGUCAUAGCAGAUCACUGACCACCCAUGCAGCCACAGCCGCUCAUUACAGUAUGUUUUUAUCAUUCGUUAACAGGAGAGAGCAUCAGUAGAACACAUUUACACCCUUCAAGGGAGAAGGCAGGUUCUUUUUGUAGUUCUGACCUCUUCUCCCUGUGACCAAAAGUACAAAGUCUGUGUGGUAGAAAGGGUGAAUUCAUGAGUCAGCCUGAGGACAGAGAGGAGGGAGCCCUGCCCUCUAAAACCAGUCUGCGUGAAAACCAUGAGAGCCAGAACAAAGCUCAGAGGUUUCACCAGAGACAAGAAUCUGCUGAACUUGGACGUGAACCUGAACCCAGCUGCAUGUCCUGCCAGAGCGAUAGGUCAAAGGACAUUAUUGUUCAUUUUAAAGACCAACAUGAAUUAGAGUCAAAAGUGGACCAGCAGAGCUCAGAGGUUCCCAGUGCUCAGUCUGUCCAGCAGCACCAAAUACACCUGGACUCCAUAUUUAUGCUGCUGGAGGAAAACAUAGUCACGUUUGUGAAGAAGCAGCUGAAGAAGAUCCAGGAGGUUCUGAGUCCAGAUUACCCAGAAUGCUUGGAGGCUCAGAGGGAGGAUAAGGAGAGAUUGGAUGGUGAGGAUGAAGAGCAGAGGAGGAGCAGCAGAGAUGCAUUUCUGAAGAUCACAGUAAACUUCCUGAGGAGGAUGAAGCAGGAGGAGCUGGCUGACUGUCUUCAGAGCAGAUCUUCUGCUGCAGUUUGUCAGGAUCAACUUAAAUCUCGCCUGAAGCAGAAGUUCCAGUGUGUGUUUGAAGGCAUCGCUAAAGCAGGAAAGCCAACCCUUCUGAACCAGAUCUACACAGAGCUCUACAUCACAGAGGGAGGGACUGGAGAGGUCAACGAUGAACAUGAGGUCAGACAGAUUGAAACAGCCUCCAGGAAACCAGACAGAGCAGAAACAAGCAUCAAACCAGAAGACGUCUUUAAAGGCUCAGCUGGAAGAGAUGGAGCCAUCAGAACAGUGAUGACAAAGGGAGUGGCUGGCAUUGGGAAAACAGUCCUAACACAGAAGUUCACUCUGGUCUGGGCUGAAGACAAAGCCAACCAGGACAUACACUUCACAUUUCCAUUCACCUUCAGAGAGCUGAAUGUGCUGAAGGAGCAAAAGUUCAGCUUGGUGCAACUUGUUCAUCACUUCUUCAGUGAAACCAAAGCAGCAGGAAUCUGCAGGUUUAAACACUUUAAGGUCGUUUUCAUCUUGGACGGUCUGGAUGAGUGUCGACUUCCUCUGGACUUCAACAAGACUAAAACCCUGACUGAUGUCACAGAGUCCACCUCAGUGGAUGUGCUGCUGACAAACCUGAUCAGGGGGAACCUGCUUCCCUCUGCUCACCUCUGGAUCACCACACAACCUGCAGCAGCCAAUCAGAUCCCUCCUGGGUGUGUUGACAUGGUGACAGAGGUCAGAGGGUUCACUGACCCACAGAAGGACGAGUACUUCAGGAAGAGAUUCAGAGACGAGCAGCAGGCCACAACAAUCAUGUCCCACAUCAAGAUGUCACGAAGCCUGCUGGAUCACUGCUACGGCUCUGGAGGAUCUGCUGGAAACCAGAGAGGGAGGAGAGCUGCCCAAGACCCUGACGGAGAUGUACAUCCACUUCCUGGUGGUUCAGACCAAAGUGAAGAACAUCAAGUAUGAUAGAGGAGCUGAGACAGAUCCACUCUGGAGUCCAGAGAGCAGGAAGAUGAUUGCGUCUCUGGGAAAAGUGGCUUUUGAGCAGCUGCAGAAAGGAAAUCUGAUCUUCUAUGAGUCAGACCUGACAGAGUGUGGCAUCG